GAGAACCAUUUCAUUCUUGUAAACACUCGAGUAGCGCGCUGAGUAUCAUCUACCAACCUACCUUUCUCUGGUACUAGCGGUUGAUGAAUUCCAAGUAAUGUCGGAUACGGAAGGAGACGUUAGUACCCCAGCCCCAGCUGCACCAGCUGGCGGGCCUAUGGACCUGAACUCGGCCAUUCAAGAAGUUCUCAAGCUUGCAGACUAUGCUGAUGGCCUUGCUCGAGGCAUCAGGAAAGCUGUUCAGGCUCUCGACAGACGUGAGGCUCUCUUGUGCCUGCUGGCCAACAACGUCGACGAGGCCGCCUACACAAGCCUCGUGGAAGCCCUCUGCCAGGAGCACCAAAUCCGUCUGCUGAAGGUGGACUCCAACAAGACGUUGGGAGAGUGGGCAGGCCUCUGCAAGAUUGACAGAGAGGGCAAGCCUCGCAAGAUCGUAGGCUGUUCAUGCGUAGUCGUCACGGACUACGGUUCCAACCUCACGCAGGCGCACACCAUCAUUGAGAACUACUUCAGUAGCAAAUAAAUGGUGGCCAGCUGAGGCUGGAACGAG